GCCAAAGCCGGGGACACCGAAAUAACUCGCGAGCUGCGGAUUGAGACGAGCCCCGUUGUCCAUCUGCCGCUCCACUUCCUCCGCGAUCGCAACGACCUCCGCCGCUCGCACCUCCUUGGGCGCGCGCGCACUCGCCAACAGCUGCCCGAGAAAACCAUCACCGCUGCCGCCUGCACCCCCACCGCCGGCGGCGGCGGCAGCGGGCGGCUCCGCUGCUGGUGCAGCGUUUAUGGCGUCCAUUCUCGCCUUCGACCUCUCCGCCUCGCCGAAUCUGUGGCGAGGACGGCGGGCCUGCGACGGCCGAUUGAGCUCAAAGUUAAAGCCGUCGGAGCCGGAGCCGUCCUCGCUGGAGCCGUCCUCGCCGAAGAGGUGUCGGAUGGAGCCGUCCUCGUCCUCCGCCGCCACCGCCGCCGCCGCGGCGGGCGCGCCGCUGCUGGCAGCAGUGCCAUCACUCGCGCCCAGCCGCAUGCCUCCGAGUCCCGCCGACAGCGUCGCAGCGGCCGGCUGCCGCGAGGAGCCUCCUCCGCCCGCGGAGGCUGCUGCUGCCCUUCCCUUAGGCGCGGCUCGCUUCACCAGCUGAUCGCACUCCUUCUCGCCCUGACGCGGGCCGUCUCGGAUGAUGGUUGCAUUGAACGUAUGGCCGUUCUUCGACUUUUUGGCUUUGACAGCCGGGUCGCUGAAGUACCCUCGGUUAGCCAAGCAGCACACGCAUUUGUGUGUGUGUGGGUCGGUCGUUGGUUUCCCCAUCUGCCCCAAGAGGUGCGAGACAAAGCGCCAGGCACCUUGCC